UAAACUGAGCUAGUUCCUUUUGCUCGUUUCUAUCCGUUGGUAGCCUCUUUCGGGCAUGCGCAUUGGGGAGCAGGAAGCUCGGAGGAGAUGAUGCAGAAAAGAUGUCUCCCAGGGAGCCUUUGCCCGCUGUGCAGGAAGUUCUGAAGAAGGUUUUCUGUGUGGUGCAGCACCAGCAUGGACUCUGGAGGAGUACUGUGAGUGACUGCUCACCCCUCCUGACCUCCCUUAGCAACCUGGCGGAGCAACUGCAGGCCAGUCAGAAUGUGCAGCUGGAAGAGACCCCACUCCGGGCUUUCCCUGACCUGAAAGACUGCUUGAGACGAAAACUGCUGGCUGCUGGGGACGCCAUCUUGGACCAGUUGGGAGAGAAGCUAACCAGCCUCCUCCAGGUGCGAGAUACAAUCAGCAGCCAUGUGGAACAAGUGUUUGAGCUCUAUGAACAGAAAGCAGAUGAACUAGACCUUGAUGUAGUCUUGCAGCCUUCAGCUGUUAGCCCUUCAUUGGCUGAUAUGCUGGCAUGGUUACAGGACAUUGACAGACAUUUUCGAAAUUCUUACCUGGAAAGGAAGUACCUCCUCUCCCAGAUCCAGUGGGGAAAUUUGCCAAACAUCCAAACCCUGCCCCAAGCCUGGGAUCGGAUUUCAGAGAAUGACCAAGACUUCGUACAAGAUAUCCUGCUGAGUGUAUCUUUUUUCCUGGAGACUUAAGGCUCUUCGACAACUCGCGGCUUCUUUAAAGGCAGCUGAGAAGUGAGGGGUAGGAAAAAUGGACCAAAAAGCUAAUCUGUGCUAAAAAUGAUCCUGGACAGAUGUGCCUCUCUGAAAGCUCCUUUUGAUGCAGGCUGCUGUAACAUAGACAUCAGCCCGAAUGGCCACAUGGACUCUGAAGGGAGGACAGUGCCAACUCAGCAAAUUAUUAAUCUUUUCAUUAUUUGGGUUGAGUCGUCACCCUUCACACUUGCCAAAGGCCUUCAUCGUCUUUCAUUAGUUUGGUAAAUUAAGAAGCAACUCUUGAGGACCUCUCCCCAGAUAUCUUCCAAACUUGACAUCUUUUUCCAACAUCUGGAUCCUCCUCAGCAAGGAGAUGGAGUUUGAACAGCCUCCAAAUGAGGUGAGGCCCAGGUGCUUUCUAUUCAGGCCAAAGUGAAUGAAUGGUUUUCAAAACAUCUAAGAAGCUGAGUGCUAACCAUAUACGCCAGAGAAUUUUCCCCCAAACAUGGCAGCACCUUCUCUAUUUUUGCCAAUAAGUCAUUAGGCUCAGCUUGGCUGGGCUUCCACGUGUCAAAGAAUCAAAGGAUUUUAAGGCCAGAAGUAGCCUUAGGAGAUCUCUUGUUUUACAGAUGAAGAAAGUGAGCCCCUGUCUUCUAACUCCCAAUCUGGUGUUCAGCCUCCCCAUCUUUCAUUCCCUUUUCCUUAACCACACACAGCACAAUAUUCCCCUUGGUCCUGGAGACUUAUGCAGUCCGUGCCCGUCCCCUCCCCAGACUUUUAUUCUGUUUCCUUUGGGACUCUUUCCUCUUGCCUUCCUGUUCUCCAACUCCCCAGGAUCUGGAGAUGAACCUAUGAAUGGAAUGCAUUUUGCCUGUCAGCUAUGAGGCCUGCCCAGCUCCCCAAAGGCUUCCUCUUUCCCAAUCCUCUGGUUACAGCACAUCCCUUCCGCUCGCCCUGCAUGGUGAUGAUGGCGCUUGGAAAGGAGAAAAUGCCAGCAUCUGCCUUGUGCAAUCGUGUCCAAUUUGACAGCCCUGUCAAGUUAUGCCCCUGGGGCUCACUCCCAUCACCUCCUGGAAGAGACAAAAAGGGUUUAUUAACACACUCAGCUCUUAAGCUUUGAAGAGCUUGAGGGAAUACUGUGAUCAGGGAUUUCUCCAUGAGGGGGGUCCAGCUCCCCUGAUCCUCUUCCUACUAAUGGAAUAGAGAUGAGUGUGACUGAAAUAGAGCCGAUGCCUGGGGCAAACGCUGGAACAACUGUGGUCAGAAGAGCCCUCCAAAUGCCAGACUGGAUGCACAGUCAGUACAUAUCAACAAUGCAGUAAGCAUUCUUCAGUGUUUCCUAUGGGCCCAAUUGUGGGGGAAUUACAGAAUUUCAGGGUUGGAAGGGAUUUGAGAAGCUGGAGAAGCUACUGUGAUUUGUGCCUAAACAAAAAUCCCUUCUACCACUGUUGAUAGCAACUGAUCAUCUAGGCUUUAGUUGAAGACCUCUAGAGAGGGAAGAUGUAUUCACUAGAUCAUCUACUCUACUUUUGGUUAGAAAGUAGGAAUCAAUAAAAAUUUCCCCAUCCCACCAAACCAAGGGGCAAUGCUCAGCUUUCUCUGUUCAUCUCCCACCAUUUCAGUAUCCCAACUGUCAUGGGAAUGUGCCUGGUGUUAUCUGGCUCUUUCCUGCCACUACCCACAUCCAGGGACCACAAGAGCCUCUGGGGGGAAUAAGAGGAAGAGGAAGCCCUGAGGUUUGCAGAGGAGGGUGGCAUGAUCCCUGUGGGAAUCUGGAUCUGAAUCUGUGUUCCUCAAAGCUGAGCAUGCCAGAGCAUUCAGAACAUCAGGGCACAGGGUUUGCAACUAGAGUUCGUUAGAAGGGAGGGAGACAGAAAAUUCGAAGUCUUUGACUCAGGCAAAGGAGCUCUGAUAAAAUUCCUUUUCCUACUUCUGAGGAAUAGCUUUCUCUAAGGAGUAGAGAAGGUGAUAAUGGGCAGAACUAGACUCAGUGGACAAUCAGCGGAGAAUAAUGGGAGAAUCUGAAAUAGUCCACCAACAGCAGCCUGGACAAGUAUUGAAAGGAUACUUAUCAUCUGAUGUGAGGUGAGGGGCUACCUAAUGUUGUAUAGACACACCACAAGCAGAGGAGAGACCACAGUGGCCUUCAUUGGAAUCAUGGAUUGUAGGAACCCUAUUCACUAUAGGCCAUAAGAGACUAGGACUAUAUUGGAUGCUGGUCACUGGUUAGGAGCUCUGGUACAAGUUU